AAACAGCUGAGCUAAAUGUGCUGUACAGCAGCCAUAAAACGUUGAGAAAAUGUUUUGUGUUACGUCAAGUUACUCAUUAACUCAAUGUAAAGAUUGAUAUAGCCAGAGCAAAUUGUAGUUAAGUAGCGCAUAUACCCAACUUGGAAACUGCUAUAUAGUUGGUAAAGCGGAUUAGGAACCAUGUGGGAAUUCGCACCGCUUCGUAUUCCUAUGAUAAGAAGACUUCAAACGUUGGCUGUUUCUCAUUUUGUGUUCUGCUUUCUUGCCUUAGCUGCCACAUGCACUUUAUUGACUAUCUACAUUACUUUGUUCACUUCAUACUGGCCGAUCACCACCGCUUACCUUGUGUUCUUAUUCUUGGACCGAAACACCCCGGAAUCUGGUGGAAGAAGAAGCGAGUGGGUGAGAAAUUGGAGUCUCUGGAAAUGGAUGAGCGAUUACUUUCCUUGUACGUUGCACAAAACCGUUGACCUCGAUCCAAAAAGAAACUACAUAUUUGGCAUCCAUCCACAUGGGGUUUUGUGCAUCGGAUCUUUCACUCACUUCUCCACGAAUGGCUCCGGAUUUUCGCACGUUUUUCCGGGAUUUACAUCUUAUCUUACGAUGUUGCCUUUCUGGUUCAAAAUGCCCUUUUUUCGUGACUAUGUUAUGAGCGGCGGUUUGACUCCAGCCACAAGGAAAGCCAUCAAACACACAAUAACAAGGCCAGGUGGUGGGCAUAUAUGCUGCAUUAUACCUGGUGGUGCUCCAGAAUCUCUAAACGCACGGCCUGGAGAUGUUGUAUUGUUGCUGAAACAAAGACUUGGAUUUCUCAAGCUGGCAAUAACGAACGGAGUUCCUUUGGUUCCCGUGUUUUCAUUUGGCGAUCACGCGUUGUGGGAGCAGAAACCGAAUCCCCCCGGUUCCCUCAUCCGUAGGUUCCAAGAUAGCUCUCAGAAGUGGAUGCAAGUCGCUCUUCCCGUUUUCCACGCACGGGGUAUCUUUCAGUACAAUUUUGGACUAAUUCCGUACAGGCGUAGCGUCCAUACCGUAGUGGGCGAGCCCAUAGAAGUGCCACAGAACAGUAACCCGACAUCGGAGGACCUUAUGAGUUUGCAAGAGGAUUAUAUUAAUCGAUUGAGAGCAAUUUUUGACGAGCACAAGAGCAAAUAUCUCCCAGAAGAUUGCAAACUGAUCAUCAACUAAACUAAACUAAACUAUGCAACCAAAGCUUUUUAAAUUGAGUUAGUUAUAGUAGUGUGAAGUAAGAUAGAGCACCUUUAGCAAUAAUGCUGUCCAAAUUUCCUGGUUCAAACAAUUAAUAACGGACGGGAGUCGUGAUGAAACGGUUUUAGAAUACUUUAAGUGUUUUUGUUUACUACCAAAUGAAAAGAUAAGGUAGAAUAAAAGGGUGUCUCAUCUUCCCCCACCGUACUAUAUAUAUACACGAUCGAAUCAUUG